UCAAUCCUCCACCAUUCCUCCCACCUUCAAGCUCAUCCACACAAGCACCUCUCCGCUCUCCCGGUCGAAGCAUCCGCAUCCUCAUCCAUGGCCCCCAAGGCAGCCGAGAAGAAGCCGGUUGAGAAGACCCCGGCGGGGAAGAAGCCCAAGGCGGAGAAGAAGGUGCCGGCGUCCAAGGAGGGCGGCGGCGACAAGAAGGGCAAGAAGAAGGCCAAGAAGAGCGUGGAGACGUACAAGAUCUACAUCUUCAAGGUGCUGAAGCAGGUGCACCCGGACAUCGGCAUCUCCUCCAAGGCCAUGUCCAUCAUGAACUCCUUCAUCAACGACAUCUUCGAGAAGCUGGCCGGCGAGUCCGCCAAGCUGGCGCGCUACAACAAGAAGCCCACCAUCACGUCCCGCGAGAUCCAGACCUCCGUCCGCCUCGUCCUCCCCGGCGAGCUCGCCAAGCACGCCGUCUCUGAGGGCACCAAGGCCGUCACCAAGUUCACCUCCGCCUGAUCUGGCCGUCUCCGUUUGUCUUCUUUGAUGGAUGUAUCGGUGUUGCUCUGUAGUAGUUAGCUGUUCGUGCUCUGUCGUGUUGUAGCUUGUGCUGGUUGUUUUGGAUCACAUUUCAUGAUCCGGAGAAAUAGUAAUUUCAGUUCUUGA